AUGGUCUCACUGGCAAAUGGAUUUUUUCUGCUAUUAGUUUGCUCGCUCAACAGUUGCGUGGAGUUUUGCGCCAACGCUGCCAAUAUACCACAACCGCCUGCAAAAAAGGUUACUUCGCCUAUUGAACCGCAACCUUGCGAAGCAGUGAGCAAAUGCGGUGUGGAUGCAAAUACCGAGCCUGUAUGCCGUUAUGAUGACAAUGAGGGCUGCGUACGGAAAUAUGAGUCAUUAUGCCAUUUGAAAAUAGCAGCUUGUAAAGCUAAAAAGGAUUAUACAGAUUACAGCAACAUCUACUGUUCAAUGGAGACUUAUUUGUGUGAAGAGGGUUACGGGCGUUGGACGAUAUUUUUUGGAUAUGAAAAAAUUGUGGAAAACUUGAAGAUAAAAUAAAUUAGCUGCUUAACGGUUAUUAGUGCAGCAGCAAUAUGAGUGAGUGAUAACGUGCAAAUAUAUAUACUUGUACAUAUGUAUAUAGACAGG